GUAAAAGCCCUUUAAGUAUUUGUGGAUAAAGAGAAGCAACGAGAAAAUAAUGUUUAGUCGUGUUUUAUGAUGUGCACAUUGAAUUCAAGGUAUCAAUUCUACAUUUGUCCAUGGCAACUAUCUAAACUCACCAUCAUGAUAUUUUACAUGCACAUAGAUAAACCUAAAUUGAUGACAAUUUUGGAGUUUCAUCUCAUUAUUAAAAUAGAAAUUACAAAAGGAAGGGAAUCUGAUAUUUAACUUUACCACCAAGUUUUUUUGCAUUACUUUAUCGUGUUAUAAUUAACUUUAUACAAUUAUAUGCAAGGUUAUAAAUUGCUUGAACCAGCCUAGGGGUCUCUUGCUUCAAGCCUUCAACCUCAAGAGCCAUAUGUCCCCAGGCCUGAGCUGACUAAGCAGUUCAUAAUAACACAUAAGUGUGCAUGAAGUUCCGAAUUUGAUGAAAUUAACCAAAACACUUGUGUUUUAAAGUCAACUAAUCAACAACACAUAAAACAGGCCACAAACAUAAUACAAAGCCUUAAUCCAUUCAAGGGAUCCAAACAAAUGAGCUCAAAACUAAAAGACCUCCAUUGAUCCAUUCUUACAGUCAUCCCCAUCUUUGGUAUCCUCCAAAGGAAUAUCACAUCUUAUAUGUCCAUCUUCUUUAUACUCGCUGAAAUUCCUAAUAACAGAACGAGGGGUUGUUCCAGGCUUGAAGACGUGUGUAAAAAAGUGCAAGUUAAAAUUGCCUAGGAUUCUUAAUUAAUCACAGUUGGACUAGAAAAUUUUAUAGAUAGUAAGCUGGAUAUUUAGUUAAAUAAUUUGUUUGUUUUUUAUUAUUUGAUGUUUCGGGAUAUAGCACAAAAAUUAUUAAACAAUGUAUUAGUUAAUGUAAAUAUAAAAGUGUCCAUAAAAUCUUUUCGGAUUAAAGCUUGGAUGUUGUUGUUGUAUUGGUAGUGUCAAUAAAUUAGUACAAAGUAGGUGUUGGCAAAUUGAGACGGUCAAAUAAAAUUUUGGACACUAUCUAACUUUCAUCCCCAUUUUUGGUAUCCUCCAAAGAAUAUCACAUCUUAUACGUCAAUCCUCUUUAUACUCACUCAAACUCCUAAUUACAUAACGAGGUUGUUCCAGGCUUCAAGAUAUGUGCAAAAAAUGGAAGUUGAAAUUACUUGGGAUUCUUUAUCAUUUUGGAUUAAAAACUCUAGAUAUUCAGUUUAAUAAUAUUCAGAUUAUUAUUUGAUGUUUUAGGAUAUAGCAAAAGAAUUACAAAACAGUGCAUUAAAAAAUGUCAACAUUGGAAGUGUCAGUGAGUUAGUGCAAGGUAGGUGUUGGCAACAUGAGACAGUCAAAUAAAAAACUAAAAGGUAGGUGUUGGCAACAUGAGACAGUAAAAUAAAAAACUAAAAGGUUCACUAUCUAAGUUUCUAUAAAAUCAAGUAAAAUAAUAAAUGCAAAAUGUUAAACAUCAAUAAAUACAAAACAGUUGAUGUACUCAAUUUGGACUAUGGAUACUCUAACUAUACAAUGGGGCAUUCAGUGUUUGCUCUGGGAGUUUUGAGAUCUAAAACAAUCACAACCGAAGCAUUUUGGGAUCUGAACAAACGUCACGCCAAACAUAAAUCCAUAAACCUUCAUUUCAUUACGUAGUUCCGUUGAUGGAGUUGUGGACAAUCUCCACCCUAAAUUAACGCUGUUCAUCGGAAAUAAUUUUCCAGCUGAACUUCAUUAUUCAUUGGCAGUCCACCACACGUCCACUCCACCACAAGACCACACGCACAAAAGGACUGUAACACAAUGUUAGGGAUUGGGCCUAAUGGACUGUUAGGAAUUGGGCCUGAUAAACCAAGAAUAAUAAUAAGUGUAUUAGUUAGUAUAAAUAGACUAAACUGAGGAGAAUUCGGGGAGGCUGUCUGAGACUUUGUCAUUUUGGGACUUGGGAAGAUCGAGAGCUAUUCUCUUUCUUUUGGGGGCUUUGGCUCAUUGGGGGCUUCGGCCAUAACUGCUUGUUCGCUACUGUAAUUGUCUAUCAUCAUCAAAUAAGUGCUCACUGGUUCUUGUUAAUAUUUCUGAACUUGUUCUGGAUAUCUGGAGCUAUCUAACAUUGGUAUCAGAGAGACUCGAUCGCUGGAUGAGAUUCACGCGCGCGAAGAUGGAAGGCAGAAUCAACGAAUUGGAAGAAAGGACGGAGAGAAAUAUGCAGGAGAUGCAGAAUACUUUGGUGGAGAGAAUGGCGGCAAUGCAGGCAGCGAUGCAAGCUGACAUCGCGAAGCUACAGAUCGAUCGAACAAGGAGUUCGAGGAGUCGAUCGCAUCGUUCAAGUACGUCUCAUCGCUCGAAUAGACACAGACGAUCGAGGAAUGAUGAAAGCUCAGAAAGCAACGAUAGUCAUUCUGAUCAUUCUGUAUCGAGACAUAAUCAUCAUCGAAGACAGAGAAAUCAUCACCAAGCUGGACGGAAGAUUGAUCUGCCUAUUUUUAAUGGAAAAGACGCCUGUGGCUGGUUACUGAGGAUGAACCAUUACUUCAGGUUGAACAGAACUGAGGAAGUGGAUAAGAUUGAUGUAGCUGUGAUAGCCAUGGAGGAUCAAGCACUCAGCUGGUUCCAGUGGUGGGAAGGACAAGCAUUGCAGCAGAAUUGGAAUACUUUUACUCAAGCUUUGACCAAGCAAUUUCAACCUGAUCUGGUACAGGAUCCGCUAGGGCCUCUGUUUAACCUGAAGCAGAAGGGGACAAUUCAGGAGUACCGAGACAAAUUUGAAACUGCUAUCGCUUCACAAGGCCACUUAACUGAAGAGGUCUUGAGAGGAGUCUUUCUUAAGGGAUUGAAAAGAGAUAUAAGAGCAGAAUUGAAGUUGCAUCGUACUAGAACGUUGGCAGAAGUUAUGGAUACUGCUUCCGCGAUUGAGAACAAGAAUUCUGAAACCUUGUUUGUGAAGAAUAAGGAGGAAGGAAAGAGGAAAGGGCAAAACAAACCUAUAAUCCAGUUUUCAGGCCAGAAAUGGGGAGAUGAAAGCAGGUGGAAAAGCCAUCCUUACACUUCUGCUAGUAUGGACAAUUUUUCAGUAGAUCAUAAGAGCAAUGAAGAUAAUAAGGGCUGGAAUUUCAGAAAGGAAGGCCCCAGUUGUGUGUCUAAGAAUACAAGUCCCAGGUUAUCCCAAGAAGAACUAAUGGACAGAAGCAAGAAAGGACUGUUUUAAAUGUGGUGAAAACUGGAAUCGGGGUCACGUUUGUAGAAUGAAAAAUUUUAAGAUGAUGCUAGUAGAACAAUCCGAAGGGGAGGAGGAAUCUGAUACUAACUGUAAUAGAAAUAAGGGAGAAGAAGGAAUACAUAUGGAAGUUAAGACUAUGCAAUUAUCUGUACUGAACAAAGAAGGAACACCACCCAUGAGAACAUUCAAGGUUCUGGGAGAUCUGAAAUGGCUGACUGAGGAAAAGAAGGUGAAUAUUUUAAUUGAUAGUGGUGCUACCCACAACUUUAUUUCCCAGCAACUGGUAGAAAGAUGGAAGAUACCUUUCCAAAGUAUCAAGGCAUAUAUGGUACAAAUAGGCAAUGGAGAAUUGAUUCCUAACUGCGGUAGAUGUGAAGGAAUGAAGCUGAAUGUACAGGGAAAUGAAAUUCAACAGAAUUUUUAUAUGUUGGAGCUUGGUGGGACUGACAUGGUGCUAGGAUUGGAAUGGUUGACUGAUCUAGGUGUUAUGGAAGUUAAUUUCCAAAACCAGAUCAUAAAAUGGAAGAAACAAUGGCUGAAUCAUGUUAUUCAAGGUGAUGGGUAUUGGUUGUACUGUGAAGGACAAAGCACAAAGCAGAAGCAAGAACAGAUAAUUGAAGGCAGAAGGAACGAGCUUAUAAAGGAGUACCCUGAAGUUUUCAAGUCAAUUCUGGAUAAAAUGUCAUGGCAGUUGUGUAAUUCUGCUGUGAAAUACAUAGGAAAAAAGAUGGAAUCAGCCAAGCUAAGGGUCCAGAAAUCAUGCCAGUAUUGGAAAGGAAGAAGUGCUAGGAUGAAAGAAAAGAUAAAGAUUGGGGCUGUGUCCUAUCACCCACCUUGAGGGCAAGAUAUCACACUCCAAUAUUGAGAGUGUUGGCUUGGCAGUCUUAUUAUGACGGAGAAGCCCAACUUUGGCAAGGCCAAUUGAUGCAAGAAAUCCCAUUAGUCAUGCAUUAUCUUAAAAGAAAAUUGCAACCACUGUUUUGGAUUUUCGUGGCAGUGUGGCACAACUAUGGUACUCCACACAUUUAAAAGUUAAUGUGCAAACCCUAAAAAUCCAUGGAGUUUCCUUUGUUGAUUUCCUUGAAGAAAGAGAAUGACAGCACCUCCUGCUAUAAUAGAUCCCUUGGUGGAUCAUUCUUGCACGGUGCUUGGGGAGUUGAGCCACAAAAGCAGGAGAAAAACAGUGUAUUUUAAGUGACAAUGCAGAUCAAUGCAAUAUAGUGCAUUUACUCUAUGAUUACAACUCAGAUGCUUAUUAAGACCAAGAUUUAAUUGACAGUAUCACAUGCUACCUAACCAAGCAUAGUUACGCUUAAGGUGAUGAUGAUGAUCAUCAUCAUCAUCAUUACCCCAAUGCCGCAAAGGCUCCCACCUUGAUAGGGAUCGACCUAUUAGACUAAUAAAUAGAAGAGUUCGUUGUUAGUUAUACUUCUGUUAUUAGAGUAGGUUGUACUGGAAGGCUAUAAAUAGAAUAGUAUGGGAAGGAGAGGGGAGGCUGUUUUAGACUUUGUCUUGGGACUGGGAAGAUUGAGAUUACUCUCUCUCUUUGGGGGCUUCGGCCAUUGUUGCCUAUUCAAUAAAAGUGUGCAGUUGUGUUCUUGAUCAAUUCUGUGAAUUGCUUGUAGAAUUGUAUUGUUCUAAGAUUGGUAUCAGAGAACGUUAAUUCCUGGAGACGGAGAAUCGGAAUCAUGGAGGAUUUCUACAUGACACCGCAAAUGGAAAAGAGAAUGGACAAUCUGAAUCGACAGAUGAAGGAGACAAACGCUAGGUUGGAAAGCAUUUUACGUGACUGUGAGCAUCUAAAUCAGGGCUUGCACCGAUCGAAGAACACCGGGCAUCAUCGGCAAUCUGACAAACAGAGUUCGUCGCUCACCAGUUCGCAGAAGGAAUGGCGAACUGUUUCUGCUGUUUCGCACUCACGAAAGGCUUCGCGCGGAAAAAUGGGGAAGAUCGCGGAAAAGGUGGAGCGCGGAAAAAUGGCGAAGGAGAAGCAUACGAAGAACAAAGAAAAGGUAUAAAGGGAUGGGGCGAAGGAAAGGAUGACCGGAUUGGUUGAGUUGCGCACCAUGCCGCAGCCACAACCUCGUCGGCGAGGAAGAUCGAGGAAGGUACAUCGCUGCAUAAAUUCGAAAAGCCAAGGUUCAUUGCAGUUGCCAAAUUCUUCGGUCUUCUGGCUUCCACACGAGCAGAAGUUCCUACUUCGCAGGUUUCUUCACUCGUCGGAUCUCACAUCUCAUCAUCGCUUAUACCUUCAGUUAAGGAAACAGACAUUGAAGAGGAGGUUAAUCAACCUACGGAAAUUUCAUCAGACAAAAUGGGAGGUUCAGAAAUACUUAAACCAGAUAUACUUACUUAUGAUGAUAUGAGCUAUGUGCCUAUGCUAAUGUAUUAAAUUUGAAACCCUUGAUUGAUUUCGUUCCUGAACUUGGAUUGGGAGUUCCAAUAAAGGGGCUGAACCCGAUUGAUGGUUUCCUAAUUGAUUGUGUUACCUCUAUUAAGAACAUUCAAGAUAGAUCGGGAGUAGGAAUUACUGGAAAUUGGAAGAAAAAGGUUGGUAAUAUUACCGAGGGUUACGCUAACAGAUUCCAGAUGUCUGACCAUGAAAUCAACCCUGCUAUCUUCCAAGUGGCCUUGAUAAGUGGUGAACAUGUAAGGAUAAUGCCAUCAGUUUGUAUAUCACUUCAAGAAGGAAAUGUAAGCUUGGAGUCUUGGACUAUCGGUUUGAUGAUCCUGCUGUGACAAAUUCGUAUUCUGUGGCUAGAAGCUCAUCUGCUAGGUCCCUUGUACUCGUAAGUGGCAUUUACAGGGACUUUGUCAGCUCUUAUCUUGAUUCUUCCAUCUUCCAGCAUCAGCAACAAGGAUUGAAUGAUUUUAGUUCUUUAAAUAUGUUGACUGUUGGGAGAGAGGGUGUUAUUGAAGUUCAUUCAAACAUCUGGGUGUUAGAAUCUGGUGUUGAGAACAUGAAUUAUUAUUCAUUGAUCAUCUAUCAGGACCUGUUGAUGUCAACUACACUUUUUAAGGACGACUUGAUAAAUUUUUUUACUCAUGUUGUCUUGAGACUGAAUCCAAAUGUUUUUUCUUCUGGCCUGAGCUCUUGGUCCUGUUUUCGUAAAGGAAAUGAUACAUCUAAUAACUCAGGAGGGUGGCAUGUUGAGAGGGCAUACCACGUUGUCCACGUGAGAGGGUACUGCUAUGUGCUAGUGGACAGUGAUCAAUGCAUCUCAAGAGUUUCAAUCGCACUGACCAAGUUAGGGGAAGACGUUGAUCUGGAAAGAAACAGAUCAAAGUGUGAUGGUCCACUCAAGGAAAUUGAGGAGGAAAAUCUCUGAGAAUUGAUAAACAACCAGGGAGAUACGGGGGAGGUUUCGACUGCCGGUUUUAUAGGGCUAUAAACUGUGAGUACAUUAUGAUUCUCAACAAACCUACUGGAAGAUCUUAUGAUGAAUCAACUAAGUCUCCUUUGUCUCCUUGGGUUCUGGCUGAUUGUUCAUCAGAAUAUCUGGAUUUGAUAAAGUCGUUUACUUACUUGGUUCUUGCAAAACCAAUUGGAGCAUUAAGACCAAAACAAGAUGGAGAGUCAAUAAGUGAUGUUGUGUUUCUUCAACGGGUUAAUGAUUUAUUUGAAGAAUUCAUAAGUAAGCACAGGGAGUAUUCCGCCACCAGGAUUAUGCUUCUGCUCCUACUAACAGUGAAGAACAGGAAAAUGAAGUUUCAAGUACUGAAGCUACAAAUCCAGGAUUCAGUGAGAAUUGUAUUGUUCUAACACACCUACAGUGGGGUAAGGGGGGUCAGAUGUACGCAACUUUACUCCUUCACUACAGCACAAAGAGUGCAGACAGUUCCAUCAGUCAUUUUGCU